CAUCCCACACCUUUUACUUCACUAAACAUCACGCCACACAAUACCCAUAGCCCCCUCUCACUCUUUCACUCUUCCAAAGAAAAUGAAGCUUCUCCUGACAGUGCUUAUUUUUCUUGCAUUGAUUUUCCCAUAUUGUUCAUCUGAGAUUAGUAAAAUCAAGCCAUCUGCUAAAGGUGAUGCUCCAGCGUCGGCAAUGAGCAUUACAUCCCUGAUGUCAGCUCACGGAUGCAAAAAUUUCGCCGAUACAUUGUCAGCUUCCCCUGCUGAAAAGACGUUCGAGGACAAUGUCCAAGGUGGUCUGACCAUAUUUUGCCCAACCGAAGAUGCAAUGAAAGCCUUUUCACCUAAAUUCAAAAACUUAACUGCUGAUGGAAAACAGUCCGUUCUCGAAUAUCAUGGUGUUCCAGUCUAUCAAUCUUUAUCUAAUUUGGGAACGAGUAAUGGCUUGAUGAACACGUUGGCUACAGAUGGAGCUAAUAACUACGAUUUCAUUGUUCAAAAUUAUGGCCAAGAUGUCACAUUGAAGACCAAAAUAGUGACUGCGAGAAUCACUGGAACCGUAUUUGAUAAAUCGCCAGUGGCGAUUUUCUCGAUUGAUGAGGUUUUAGAGCCUGUAGAACUGUUCAAAGGUGCGCCAACUCCUGCCCCAGCACCAGCGCCUACUCCUGAGGCUGAUACCGAGUCUCCUAAGCCAGCGGGGAAUAAACACAAGUUCCCGCCAGCGCCGGCUUCUCCGGCAGAUGCUCCAGCAGAUGGUCCCAAUGACAAAGUGGCAGAUUCGAACGCAGAUAAUAAUGGUGGGUUUAGAUAUAAUGCUGGAGCACUGGUGACCUCUGUUUUCUUCAUUUGGUUCGGCCAUUUAUUACUGUGACUUUAUCUUUUCUUGGUUUCUUUUUUCCUUUGAUAAAUUUUUCUGUUAUGUCUUAGAUGUGAAAUAAGUUUGGCCAAUGUACAAUGGCUCUUGAAUUGUAAUUUGUACUUCUAGCAGUAGGAUUGUGUUUACAAGGUUUUGUGAGAGUUUUUUUUUUUUUUUUUCACUUUGUUGUUUCUUUGAUUAUAUCCACUCCAGAGUGAGAUUUAAUUUUAUGCUACAUGGAAACUUUUUGUUGCUUAGGCAUUCUUAUAGGAGUAACUUUUUGUAACUGCCAACCAGAUCUUAUAAUUUUCUUCCAGUUGUGGGUGAAGUUUUCCGGUA